AUGCUGCCGCAUCGACUUCCUGUGGCCACGACCUGGAGACAGCGCGCGCUACCACGUCAGCGGGUCCUGUACUACGUGCUAUGUGUGUUGAUUGUAGUAACGGCGCUGCAGGUGCUUCGAUUCGUGUACAGAAAGUGCGACACGCGCCUUCACAUGUCACUGCUGCUGACCAAAACGUCGCGGAUCCUCAAGCGCCAUAAUGUCGAGUAUUGGCUGGACAAGGGCACGCUGCUUGGCGUACACCGAGACGAUGAGCUCAUACCGUGGGAGUAUGAUGUGGAUCUGGGCGUCAUGAACGCAACGUGCAGUGCGAUCGCAGCUCUGAAAAGUGACUUUGAAGCUGUCGGACUCACGGCAUUUGAUCGCGAAGACGAUAUCCCGCACAAGGUGAAGCUCACGUAUGAUACCGAGAACCACCAUCUUUACUGGUCGGAUUCUCGGCUGCAUGAUCCGUGCAUAAGGGUGUAUGAUACCAGGGAUACAAGCAUGUGGGUGGACAUUUACUGGUAUGUAGAGCUUACACCCGAGGAAGUGGCAGCGGAUCGCACAAAGGUGCUGGUGCCGCCGGACUAUAACGAGAACGACAGCCUCGUGUGCUGCUCCGAGGGGCUGCAAGCACAUACGGAGCACAUGUGCUGCGGUGGCUGCGUGCCGAAGAACUUGCUGUUUCCGCUAGAACAGAAGCACGUGAAUGUGUAUGACGGUAUCGAGUCUGUCCAGGAGCAGCCGGUACCAGCAGCAGCGUCGCAGUACUUGUCGAUUCAGUAUGGCAAGAACGCACUAGCUAGUCGUGAGAUCAAGGGAUGGAAGAGCGUGGUGUGUGGUUUCUGGACGAGUCCGCUGCUGUUCAUCGUGCAUCUGACCCUCUUCAUCGGCAUGUUGCUCGCAAUCGCGAUCUUGUAUCGACGCAGAUGCUUGACAACAAGCUCAAAGAGAAGAAAGCUCUAG